AAAAAAAUGAAUAAAAACAUUCUUCGCCCUGUAGUGGACGACCAAGAGCCACGUAUUAGUGUUAUUUGUCUUGGUCCAACUGGGUCAGGUAAAACGACUUUGUUGAAAAGGCUACAAGAGGCCGAAGGUAUUGACAAUACUUAUAGUCCUGUACCCACCAUAGGAACCAAUAUUUAUGAUAUACACUACCUUAAUAAGAGUGGGAAAAAACAAAUAUUAAGUAUAAGAGAAGUCGGCGGAGAAAUGGCGUCACUAUGGAAUAAUUAUUUGGAAGGAGUUGAAAAGGUUAUGUUUGUAGUGGACACCUCUAAUCUGUGUCAGAUAUCGGCGGCAGCUCUCAUGCUAUAUACAUUAUUGGCCGAGCCCUGUCUCAAACAAGCUAAGUUCAUCCUAGUGCUAAGCAAGAUGGACUUGGCUUACCGGCAGAUGCGGAACGAAGCCCUGCUGAUGCUGCAGAGCCGCCGGCUGCUCGCGGACCUCCCGAGACCCCCGACCAUUCUCGAAGCGGCGCCGCUUACCGGCGAGGGCCUGCUGGAGCUGAAGGCGCAGCUUACCAAUCAGAAGAUUAAACCUGUAAUAUAA